AUGAGCACUCUCAAUGGAGACGCACGUAGCAGUGCCCCCGUAUGUCUCGUCACCGGAGGCGCCUCGGGCAUGGGCCUUGCGGUUGUGCAGCAUCUCUUGACACAGGGCUGGAACGUAGCUAUCGUCGACUACAACGCCGAAACCGGGCAAACUGUCGCCAAACAAUGCGGGCCCCAGGCCCUCUUCAUCAAGGCCAACGUGGCCGACUACGAGGAGCUCGCGGCCGCGUUUGCUCGGACCUGGAAGGAAUGGAAGCGCCUGGACGUGGUGUUUGGGAAUGCUGGAAUCGGCGACCGGAUCAACUUCUACGCGCACCAGCAAGACCGCGAAGACGGCAACCCCCCCAAACCCAACACGGCCGUCAUCGACAUCGACCUCUACGGACCCAUCUACUGCGCGUACCUGGGCUUCCACUACUUCCGCAAGAACCCCGACAAGGCCGGCAAGAUCAUCUUCACGUCCAGCAUGGCGGGAAUUUACACCGGGGGCACUGUCCCGCUGUACUCGGCGGCGAAGUCGGGGGUCGUCGGAUUGACGAGAUCCUUGGGCGUCCGACUCAAAGAACUCGGCGAACCCAUCACCGUGAAUUGCAUCUGUCCAGGCCUUGUCCACACGGCUCUGACGAAGAUCUACUCCUUCACCUGCCCGGAGGAAUACAUCACGCCGGCCUCGACGAUCGUCAAGGCGGUUAUGAAUUUCAUCGACGACGACAGCUUGACGGGGCAGGCCGCGGAAUGCAGCGGCGAGAACAUCCAUUACAGGCAGAGGCCCGAGUUUAGCGACGACAAGGCCGCCUUCAUCUGUGGCGGUGGGUUGGGAGAGGCCAUGGAGAAGUUGAAUGUCAGGUUCUACUGA